CUGAGCAUAAAAGAGUCUUCUUUAUUGCGUUCCUGGCUCCUGAUCGUGGCUUCAGCAUCGAAAGAGGCCCGCUUCUUCCCCUUCCGCCAAUAAACUCCAGCCAACAGAGGAGGGUGUCUUGGCGCCUCUCCACCACCAUUGCCAAGGAAUGUAGCUUAGAGGGGGGGGAAUUAAAGGGGGGAAGACAAACACUGAACUAACUUGGAGACUUCCUUACAGCCUGAGCAGCACUUUGUGAUCUGUCCAGACAUGGUGAAGUGGUAGCAAUUUCUUUGGGGGGCUGCAGCCCACCCUCUCCGCCUCCCAUCUUCUCUCAGCAACAGGACCCAAAUGUUGGACCUUCACAGUGCUUCCCGCGGGAAAAGGAUCACCGCCAGCUCAAAAAGCGUGACGAAAUCUUGUCCUCCCACAAGCCAAGCUGCCUUUGACAUUAAAAGAAAAGAAGAAAAAAUCGCCUCUGUCGUGACCAGAAAUGCUUACAAUAAAACUGCCUCAGAUCUUCAGGAUCCACCAAGUACCUCGUAUCUUCUGGGAAGAUGGCAUCAUCUCGGGCUACCGUCACCCCAAAAGCUCCGCCUUGGACUGCAUCCUCAGCUCCUUCCAAAUGAACAAUGAAACCAUCAACAUUUGGACACAUUUUCUCCCCACCUGGUAUUUUUUAUGGCGAUUCCUGAUGCUGUCCUACUGUUUGGAUUUUUGGCGUGAUAGCUACAGCUGGCCAUUCCUGGCCUAUAUGUGGCUUGUUUGCCUCUAUCCAUUCGCAUCCAGCUGUGCCCACACUUUCAGCACCAUGUCAACCCAUGCCAGACACAUCUGUUACUUCAUGGACUAUGGAUCACUCAGCCUUUACAGUUUAGGCUGUGCUUUCACGUAUGGAGCCUAUACAAUGCCCGACCGCUGGGUGAACGGCCCUUUGCACCAUUACUUUGUCCCUGUGGCUGCCUUUAAUUCCUUUGUCUGCACAAGCCUCUCUUGUUACUCCCGAUUCCUGGAACUGGAGUGCCCUCCACUGAGCAAGAUCUUGAGGACAGCGGCUUUUGUCUACCCCUUCAUCUUUGACAACAUACCACUGUUCUACAGGCUUUUCUUCUGUUUUGGGGAAGACUGUGCUUGGAACGAUGCCAUCGCUGGUUACUUCUAUCACCUUUUCUUCGCCCUCCUCACUUGUUUCCUCUUUGCAUCCCACCUGCCUGAGCGCCUGGCUCCUGGUCGCUUCGAUUACAUAGGGCACAGCCACCAGCUGUUCCACAUCUGUGCGGUGGUUGGCACCCACUUCCAACUGGAAGCCGUCUUGUGUGACUUGCACUUGCGCCGGGACUGGCUGAGCACCCAUGCGCCGGCAUCCACCUUCACCCACACUUUCACCACCCUCAGCACCGCCCUGCUGGGGAACCUGGUUCUCAUCGCUUUCUUCACCGUCACCCUCCUCCGUUCCUCGGUCACCACCACAAUCCUGCAGAGCACCCUCUCUGAGGUGGAGCGGCACAAGGACAAGUGACCGUUCUCAAGGACAGUGGUUUUGGUUUACUCAGUCCACGGACUACCCAAAUGGCAGGAGAUUCCACGUGCAGUAAGAGUCCAAAGUAAGAGGGAUCCCAAGUGUUUACGUGGGAUAAGUUCCAUUGACUUCAAUGGGACUUCUUUCUGAGCAAACAUGGAUCGAAUCAGGUUGUUAGAGGGGUUGAGGCUGUUUGGCAGGGUUGCCAAGUGAGGAGUGAAGAGUGACGUCUGUAAAAGAUGAUGGCCCCUCAGUGGUUUGGUACCAGUGGUUCACUGUGGGGAUGGUUGGAAGGCACUGUAAUUGGAGUAAUAAGAAGGGCGGAGAUUAAAGAGCUUUUCCUGUGGGAGUUUCAUCUUUUUUAAAAGGAUCUAGGGUUAGAUCCUGCAGUCUUCCUUGGUUUCCUCUCUCCUAGUGAUCCUUUCAGACCCUAGGAAAUGAGACCCAUGUGGUCUAAUGGCCAUGAGGGAGUUGGGAGGCUGCUGUGGGAAGGGAAAAGGGAAUGAAAUUUCCCUUUCUAUUGUUCCCUCCCUCAGCACUACAGUCUCAGACCUGCAUGGUUUAGAUCAUGUAGGCCUUGUGAACCUGAGGAUAAAUUGAAAGGACACUAACAGGGAGGGGAAUGUAGCAAAGAUCCAUAAUCCUUGCACCUGUAGAUUGCAGAAUCCAACCUAUAAUUGCACUGAAGCAAAGAACUGUGGUAUCCAAACUGAAAAGAGGAUUUCCUUCUCCAUUUGUUCCUAGGGCUUCACCCAGAUCUAAGACCCAGCUAGGUAAUUGAAAUUUGGAGACUAAACUGGAAUAAUUGUGACUGGCCUUAUGGAUUGUCCUAAGAACUAGUAUACAUGGCAGAUUUCCAGAUAUGCCAUGUCUCUGCUUUGCCAUUUGACAAUGUAUUGGCCUGUCAAAAAUGUGGCUUGAUUGGAUGUAGAUGGCACAAGGUGCAGCAGUUGCACAAUUGUCAUUUUACAAGGAAGUCUCACCGCAAGGUGAGAAAUGUCCUAACAUUUUUCCAUGAGCACA